UAGCAAAACGAGUCAGGUACGCACACAUUAACACAGCAGCAAGAAAAUUCAUGUGUCAUCAGCAUAACUUGAAAGGAAGCUGUUCGAAGUGCGUGACGUUUUGUAAUCAGGAUCGCAACAAUGCCCGUAACUUGGCUCGACAACGUGUACAUAGUGCAUCACAUCAAUGGACAGUGCGUCAUCGUGCUGAGCACUAAGGUGCGCGAGCUGCUGCCAGAGUUGGAAAUCUAUGUUCGGGGAAUACCAAGAAACUUUGGACCGGACGAGUUGAUUCCCGUGUUUUCGCGCGCCGGCCUAGUCCACUCGAUUCGGCUCUUCAUGGACUACAAUCAAAGCAACAGAGGUUUCGCAUACGUGAGCUACGUUAAUUCCCUGGACAUCGGAAACGCGAUGCUAAUGCUGAACGGGGUGCAGAUUGCAGUGAACCAUACAUUACAGCUGCACCACUGCCGGGAUCCUCGAACGUUCUUCAUUUGCAACGUUACGAAUCACUUUACGCGCCGGAAGAUUUACCAAGCGGUAUCCUAUCUGAUUCGUAUGCGGGAUUUCCAAUGUCAGCUAUUUCAAGCCGGGGAUGGGUACAAAGUACAGCUGACAUUUAGAUCGCAUCCGGACUUCAUCCGGGCUCAUACUAAGCUGAACCGUGUGCGGCAUGUAUUCGGACCAAAUUGUUUUCUCAAGGUUAAUAAUUAGUAGUAAGUGCUUAAACCAUUUUACAUUUCGACUCCAUCGGAUGGUUUUCAUUUUAAUAUUUCAUCGGGUAGAUUCAAAGGGCAACUGCUUCACUACUACUGGAGCGUAGCGCUUGCCCAUCUCUCUUUCUUUAAUUUACCUUUAUUAGUUCGUUUCGUUUUCCACACUUUUCAAUCUUACUUCGAAGACUUAGCAAACAAGUAGAAGAUAAAAUUUUUAUUAUGAAAAUAUUCGCAAUGUUGUAAUACAACAGCGAGGAUGUAAUUCAUUCCUAUUCUUUGUUUUUUUUUCUUUCGAAUAAACGUUUGCCCUCUUACACAUGUGUACAUUGAAA